AUGUCGUACUACGACGAUCGUCGCUAUCACGCACCCCGCGACCGCGGCCGCCCAGCCAGCGGUUAUGCUGCAGAUUACUACGACGACCACCCGCGGGGCCGAUAUGCAAGGCGCGACCGCGAUCCCUAUCCCUACUAUCGGGAUGACGGCUCGGUCGAGGAAAUCCCUCGCGAUUUCCCCCCGGUCGGGAUUAUGUCGUCGAGCGCGGCCAUGACUCGCGGCGGGCGCCGCGCCGUCCAGUAUACGAAACUGUGCGUCGGGCGUCAUCUGUCAGCGGUGAUCCGUACUACGAUAGCGGAUAUUAUCGUCGUUCCCGUCCUACCCGAUCCCGUCGGCCCGCGUCGCUCCAAAUACGACUCUGCUUCCGAAUCCAGCCGCUCUCCACCACGCCAUAGCCGUCGCAAGUCCAUCAGCGAAGCUGCCCUUGGUGCCCUAGGUCUCGGCGCUGCCUCAAAAAGCAGUGAUCGCUCCUAUUCCCGUCAUGGUCAAGACCGCGGCCGCUCAUACUCCCGUCAUGGUCGUUACUCGUCCGACUCCCGCAGCCGCAGCCGUGACCGCGGUCGUCAUAGCAGCAAACGUGAAAAGAGCGAGCAGCGUAUAAUGCAAGCUGCUCGUGCUGCGUUGACGGCCGGUGCUGCAGAGGCUUUUCGUUCCCGCAAGGAUCCCGGCGAAUGGACCGGGGAAAAGGGUAGGCGAGUCUUGACUGCCGCUGUUACUUCCGCCGCGACCGAUGGACUUGUCGAUAAAGAUCCCAAAAAGCACGGAACACGCCAUGUUAUCGAAUCCACGCUUGCCGGUCUGGCUACCAGUCACCUUGUCAAUGGCGGGCGAUCCUCGUCUCGUGGCCGAGAUGGUCGUGGGCGUUCGUCUGGUGGUAUCAAGAACCUUGCCGCGACGGGUGCUCUGGCUGCUGCUGGUAAAGAAAUCUAUGAUCGAUUCUCUCGCUCACGAUCUCGACCACGCGGUCGAGACGAACGAGACGAUGAUUCUCGUUACAGCGAUGAUGAGCGCCGUGGAUCCAGAAAGCGCAGCAAGAGUGUUUCGGAUUACAUCAACAAAGGCAUUGCGGCUCUAGGCCUCGAUGAAGGCAAAGACCGCGGCAGCCGCGACCGAAGCAGAGAUCGGAGCAAAGACAGAGACGAUCGAUCAGACCGUCGGGAACGUCGUCACCACCGUGACGAUCGUCGAGACAGAGACCGAGACUCCCGGUAUGACGGGUACUCGGGUUCUGAUGCAGACAGUGACUACGGCAGGGGAUAUUCGAGACGAGGCCGAGGCUCGAGAGAUGUAGGUAGAACGCGUUCUUUGAAUGGCGGACGAGUACCCCCCUACAGCCCAACCAGCGCACCACGCAGUGCCGGCUCCCAACGGCCGACCUCGCGUGGUGACGACUGCUCAUGCUCCGACAGUGAUUCUGACCUAGGUGACAGUUCUGAUGAGAAGAAGAUGAAGAAGAAGAUGAGGCGAGAUAUGCUCUUGACAUCCGGUCUCGCGACGGUGGCAUCCAUUCAUGCCGCGCACGGUGUCUAUGGUUCAGUGAACAAGCGCAAGCUGCGAAUGAAGCAAUUGAAAGAAGGAGAGAUUACCCCUGAAGAAGCGCGCAAGCAACGGAUCAAGGCGAAUACCCUCGAUGCAGCGAGUAUCGGUCUGGCGGCAUUGGGCAUCAAGGGUGCUUAUGGCGAGUGGAAGGAGGUUAAUGAGAAGCGCAAGGAGAACAACAAUUUCCAGCAUGAGUGUGUGCGUCGGGCGAUGAAGCGCGAGCUGAAGCGCAAUCGCAGUAACUCUAUGCCUUCUUAUCAUCGCUGGCCGGAUGAGAUUGAGGAGAAUGCGUACUCGGGUGGUCAUGGCAGUUUCUCGUACCAUGAUGGAAACCCAUAUGGGGCUACUACCGAGGCGCCUGCUAUAUCUUAUUAG